ACGAACUGUCGCUCGUCGUGUUCUUAACUUCUCACUUUCCGUUUGUAAUGUAGCAUUUCCUGCAUGCAAUUGGAUGCGUAAUCUAUUCAAUCCGUGACCUUUAUCGCUGUAAUUCAGUUAGUGGACGUUGCCCUAAACACGUGCGUGCUGCGCCCCACUGAAAAUAGCAGCUGCGGCUCAGUGAGGGCAGCGUCGCCGCGCAGUCGGCAGUGUGCACACAAUCUCUCCAACCUCGGUCGCGGCGAUGCGCGCCCUACUAACAGUUUUCUCCCUCGCGGCCGUACUCACGCUCGACGAUGCCAACGCCGCACGCGUCCUAGGCCUCUUCCCUCACACCGGCAAGAGCCACCAAAUGGUAUUCGAUCCCCUCCUCCGGACCCUGGCCGAAAGAGGACACCAUGUCACCGUCGUCUCCUUUUUCCCGGUCAAAAACCCACCUGAAAACUACACGGACGUCAGCCUCGAAGGCAUCGCCGGAUUGGGACUCGAAGUCAUUGAUUUAGCAAUGUACGAAAACAGCAACGUUUUAUUGAAAAUGCUGGGCUUGGAUAACAUUGCGAGGCAGUUGUUGGAUUUCGAACCGCUAGCAGAAAUGGCCCUCGACGUGUGUUCGAAGCUGGUGAGCUUUCCCCCGCUUGCGGAGGUUCUCAGGAAGGACUACGAUGUGAUUUUGGUGGAGAAUUUCAACAGUGAUUGUAUGCUGGGACUUUCGCACGUUUAUGGAAAAAAAGUGCCGGUUAUAGGGUUGUUGACGAGCAGCCUGAUGCAGUGGUCGGCGGACCGCAUCGGCGUGACCGACAACCCCGCGUUUGUGCCAGUGCUCAGCGCCCAUUACACUUCUCGGAUGAACUUUUAUGAAAGGCUUGAGAACACAUUCUUGAACGUUUACUUUAAGGUGUGGUUCCGGUACAAUAUUCAGUUGAAGGAGCAAGAAAUUAUUGAGAGGCAUUUCGGGAGGAGAAUCCCGGAUUUGCGGGACUUGGCGAAGAAUACCACGUUGCUGUUGGCAAAUGUGUUCCAUAGUCUGAACGGAGUGCGCCCGUUAAUCCCAGGUUUGGUGGAAGUGGGUGGGAUGCAUCUGAAUCACAAAAGGAGUGUUAUACCACCGUACAUAGAACGCUUCAUGAACGAAUCAGACCACGGCGUGGUACUCCUCAGUUUCGGCUCCCUCAUCAAGACGUCCACCAUGCCCGAGUACAAGGAACGCAUGAUCAUCAGCGCCCUCUCGCGGCUGAAGCAGAGAGUCAUCUGGAAGUUCGAGGAGUCUGAAGAGGAGGGGACUUUGGAGGGGAACGUGAUGAAGGUCCGGUGGAUACCGCAGUACGAUUUGUUACGUCACAAAAAGGUGCUCGCGUUCAUCGGCCAUGGUGGUCUGCUAGGCAUGACUGAAGCCAUAUCGGCUGGGAAGCCGAUGGUGGUGGUACCCUUCUUCGGAGACCAGCCCUAUAACGCAGCCAUGGCCGAAGAAGUCGGGCUAGGAGUACAGCUGCCGUAUGAGCAACUCACUGAAGAGUCACUACUGAAGGCUGUGCAGACUGUCCUCAGUGCUGAGAUGCGUCUGAGCGCGCGACGCGUCUCCAAAAUCUGGCACGACAGAGAAACGAAACCUCUUGACACAGCUGUGUACUGGACUGAACGCGUCAUCCGAUGGGGCUACCACGACAAACUGUACAGUGCUGCGAGAGACCUCAACUUCAUCGAACACAACCUCCUAGAUGUGGCGGCUGCGUUCGUCCUAGCCAUUAUUGUUCUAGUUCUCAUAGCCAAACUACUGUUGACAGCAGUUCUUAAGAUCUUCAAAGCAAGUAUCAGCGGGAAAGACAAGGAGAAGUUACAUUAAUGUAGUACAAACCUAGGUAGUGUUAGUUAGGUCGUCUGUUUAUACUUAAUCUAGAAAUAAAUUUGUUCCUAUUCCA